AUGCGCAGCCCCGCCUUCAAAGACUAUUUCGAUCCCGUCCUCACAAACGACCAUCCUAGUUCAUACUGGUGGCCCGACUCAAGCAGUGACGUUGCAAAUAUCACCGACGAGCAACUCCUGCACUUCAUGGAUGAGAAGGCGUUUACUUUGCAUCACCCCGUUGGCUCGGCGCGUAUGGGCCCGUCUCCAGCCACCAGCGUUGUUGAUCUGGAUUGCCGCGUGCAUGGCGUCAAGGGUCUGCGUAUCAUGGAUGCUAGCAUUUUCCCGGAACAGGCCAGUGGGCAUCCUCCUGCACCUGUUGCUGCUAUGGCGGCAAAGUUGAGUGCGAUCAUUAUCGACGAGAAUACUGCGAGUACUCGGGUUGGAGCGAAUUUGUGA